AUGUUACACUCGCUUUAUUACUUAAUUCUUUCAUUUGUUAUACCAAUCUUGGUUAUUGGGCUGUCAAACAGCACAGCCGAGUUUCAAUACAAAGGAGUGAGUAUUGGUGGAUGGUUAGUACUCGAGCCUUAUAUCACCCCGUCACUUUUCAAUCACUCACUUUCAGAUAAUGACACGGAAACGGAUCUUCCUGUCGAUGAGUACCACUACUGCAAAAAGUUGGGGCAGGAUAAAGCGUCCAAACGAUUAGAACAUCAUUGGAGUACAUUCUACAACGAGCUGGAUUUCAAGGAAAUACACGACCACGGUUUGAAUAUGGUAAGGAUUCCUAUCGGGUAUUGGUCUUUUAAAAAGUUGGACGGUGAUCCAUAUGUUUCUGGAGCACAGGAGUAUCUCGAUAAGGCAAUCGAAUGGUGCUCAAAGUAUGAUUUGAAGGUGUUGAUUGAUUUACAUGGUGCCCCCAAUACUCAAAAUGGAUUUGACAAUUCGGGAUUGAGAAAUAUCGGGUAUCCCGGGUGGCAGAAUAAAACAGAAUAUGUCAACCAUACCACUGAGGUGUUGCGACAGAUGUACGAAAAGUACGGAAGUGGUGAUUAUGCAACUAAUUACAACAAUACUAUAUUAGGAAUUGAAGUGUUGAACGAACCCCUUGGUCCAAAGUUGAACAUGACCGAUUUGAAAAAGUUCUAUGUUGACUCCUAUAACGAUGCAAGAGAUAUUCAAACGGUCAAAAAUUCAAUCUUGUUUCACGAUGCGUUUCAAAACAUAGGGUACUGGGAUGAUUUUUUCUCCAACGGACAUAUAAAGUAUCAUAAUCGCACUUUGAACGAUUCGGCCAAGUUUGAGGAUAUUGUGCUUGAUCAUCACCACUACGAAGUCUUUGGAAAUGUUGUGGCUGACAAUGUCACGCAACAUUUGGAAAACAUUGAAAACUACGCAGCUUCAAUAGGUAAAGAGAAACAUCCAGCAAUUGUUGGCGAAUGGUCAGCGGCGUUGACUGAUUGUGCACCGUGGCUUAAUGGUAUUGGCUUGGGAUCUAGAUAUGAAGGCACGUCACCUUACGACAAUAAAGCAGCGGGUAAGUGCUCAGACGUCACUCGGGGCCCAUCCAAGUGGUCAACUGAGCAAAAGAAAGAUUAUCGCAGAUUUGUUGAGAUGCAGCUCUAUCAGUAUGGUGCUCAUACCAAUGGAUGGAUAUUUUGGUGCUGGAAAACAGAAGGACAAGCUACCGAGUGGGAUUUUAAGGAAUUGGCUAAAUUAAAAAUCAUUCCGCAACCAUUGGAUGACUACAAGUAUAUCAAAAAUGGGAAGGAUACAAGUGGCGGAAGCAAGGUUGCCGUUGGUGGUUUAUUGCUAAAGACCGUAAUUGCAGUAGUUGCAUGGUUUAUUUUAUAG